AGCCUCGUUAUGUACGUAUAACGGCACAAGACUUAAUGGUGAAAGAAUUUGGCGUCGUUAACCUAACCUGCACAACCUCGUCUAAUCCAGCCUCCAAUUAUACGUGGUCAUUAAAUGGUAGAUCAAUCGAAGGCGCAAACCGUAGCCUGUUCGUAAAAUACAAUGUCUCAAGAUACGUUGCUGGAGAAUACAAGUGCACUGCAAGCAACGAAUUUGGGGCUGCUUACAAUGUUACAGUCGUUAAUGUGAUGUAUCCACCAGAGUUCAUUUGCAAAGAAAAACUGGUCGUCGUUGAAGGCCAAGAACGGAAUUUCUCUUGUAAUGCUUCCGCGUACCCUCUACCUACCUACACCGUCCGUUACAAUUUCACCAAUUAUCCGUCAAAAGCAUUAUUGAUAAAUUUGAAAAGAAAUGACAACGGAUCAAUAAUAACAUGUAAUGCUUCAAACUCCCUUGGCUCUGCAGAGUGCAAAACCGUUUUGAUUGUGACAUGUAAGUAUUAUAAAAGGGCUGCACGUUGCAAUACGGCAAAGAAAAUCAAACCUAUUGGUGUCUAAUUGCGCCUUGAAUAGUCUUUUCAAUUCGUAUUGUAUGGGAAAGUAUACGUAUUCCAUACUUGUCGCAAUUAAAGUGAACCACAGGAAGUGCAGUGGAUGUCGUUUAUCCAUGCACUCGUUAUGUUGGUGAUAUUCAUCCAUGAUAAGAGAGCUCAUUGUUUCAAGCAUGUCUAGGUCUCUGAGGAGAAUGAUGAGCUAGUGCGUUUCAAGCGAGCAGCUGACCGAUUUCUAAAGAAUUCGACAAGUACGUGAGACUAACUGGGCAUAAAUAAGAGAGAAAAACUCUUAUUAUCGCGCGCACCAUGUAAAUUCCCGGUUGGGCUAUAUUUAGUAACCCGAUGCGGUUUAAAUUUCGUCUUGCAUUGCCCACGUCAGCCCUGGCGAAUCAGCAAAAUUAGAGCUUUUUACUCGCUUUCUUCAUUUGGUCUGUAAAGGGGUUUAAAUGUACUGAC